AUGUCAGUCUACGACACUGAUUUCUCUCGUAGACUACGAUCAUCCGUUCCCCCUUCACCGCCGUUCAUCUCGACUCCAGGACAUAAGGACGUAUUUGGAGAAAUCGCUGCUGUUCCUCCUAGUCCACGUACUGAUAGUCCAAUGGGAGUAAGAGAUAAAAGAAGAACGGAUGUCAGGUAUUAUGGGGAUCGAUUCAUUCCCCAUAGAGAGGCGGUGGACCUUCACGCAGCUUACCAACUUUUACCUGACUUGAGCCCUUCAGGAGGGGACCUGGUCAAAGCUAAGACUCGUAGAAGAAGUGGCCAUGGUCAGGCAACUGAUCUCGAGGCAAGGAGAGAGGAGAUCAACGCAACCUUCACACAUCUACUCAAGACUGAACUCUUCCCACCUUCUCGCUCUCCCUCUCGUACCGCUUCACCCACACAGAACCCUCAACGAGGAAUUCAUCCCCGUCAUGCUCAUCUCCGUCAACCCAUGACCUUCCACGCUACCAACAUACCCAUCGCUCCUUCCGGAUAUGCCAUCUCAUCCGCCGGUGUCACUCCAACCCAUCAUCACCCACCUCCAGCCAUGUCAUCCACUUCCGCCGAGCGAGAAAGAGGAGAACGGGAAUUAUCUCCAGCAUCAACAUUACCUCCCUUACCUAUGCACGCCCCUUCCACUCCCACCUCUGGCCACGGUCGUCCGCCUGGAGCCGGACCAUCAUCUUCUCACCAUCGAGCGCAUCAAAGUCAAGUGGCUCUAACUUCAGGUUCACGGAGUGGUACUUCACCCCCUCAAUCCGCUGCUCGUAAAGCUGCAUUCUCACCCCCUCCUGCGAAUGGUGUACCGUCACCCGCCACACCGACGAAGAAGCGACUACUGAACUUUUCUUCACCUGGUGCUAUGCGGAUGGCAGCGUUGACGAAUGGGAUCAAUAGUGUCAAUGGGGCGGUGGUGGGAGACUUAGAUGAUAUGAGACAUGAGAAGUAUAGUCUCAGUCCUGUGGGAAGUGAGAGUCAAAGGGUCUUACUCAGUCCUCGUAAACCGGUCCGGCAAAUAUCCAGAACACCUUUCAAAGUACUGGAUGCGCCCGAACUAGCCGACGAUUUUUAUCUGAAUCUGGUCUCCUGGUCCGCAUCCAAUGUCCUGGGAGUGGGCCUGAAUUCCUGCGUAUAUCUGUGGAGUGCUUCGACGAGCAAGGUGACCAAACUGUGUGAUCUUAACACGCCUAUCCCUGAUGGACAAGAAGUGAGCGAUACUAUCACUGGGCUCGAAUGGACCAAUAGGGGAAGUAUCAUGGCACUGGGCACCAACAGGGGAGUGGUAGAAAUAUGGGACGCUGAAGCUUGUCGGAAGAUUCGAACGAUGUCUGGUCACACUGGUCGGGUCGGUUGUCUGGCUUGGAACAACCACAUCCUCUCUUCUGGUUCUAGAGAUCGUACAAUUCUUCAUCGAGACACGAGGGUACCAGAGCAAUAUAUCCGCAAGCUAGCUGGACAUCACAAGCAAGAAGUCUGUGGUUUGAGAUGGAACAAUGAUACAGAUCAAUUGGCAAGCGGAGGGAAUGACAAUAAACUGUUCGUUUGGGGAGGUACCGACUCUCGACCGACUUGGCGAUUUGGGGAGCAUCGAGCGGCUGUCAAAGCUAUCGCUUGGAGUCCUCAUCAACGUGGUGUACUUGCGAGUGGGGGUGGUACGGCGGAUAAAAAGAUUAGGUUCUGGAACAGUCUGACUGGAGGUCUGGUCAGUGAAUGGGAUACCGGGUCACAAGUUUGCAAUCUCAUGUGGUCUAGAAAUUCCAAUGAACUAGUCUCCACUCAUGGAUAUUCUGCCGGUCCUGUUCAAAAUCAAAUACAUAUCUGGCGAUACCCAUCCAUGACUCAAAUCGCUACUCUGACAGGUCACACGUUCCGAGUGUUGUACCUCGCCAUGAGCCCUGAUGGUCAGACAAUCGUCACUGGGGCAGGAGACGAGACACUUCGAUUUUGGAACGCAUUUCAGAAGAGUAAAGGGGAGAUCAAACUUGCUAUUAAGAAUAAGACGUGA